AGAACCGACUUAAGAGUGAUUCAUUCACGAAUUAAUUGUCUGUCAAGAGCAUUAACUUCUACACUAUGUGCUAUUGACCAAGAGAUGACGCUGUUUCUCAGCUGUCAGCUGCCUUGAGUUGGAGGUGAGAAUUGUUUGCUACACAGUGACUCUGAGAAAAACCACUACAUAAGACCUGCCUCCUCAUAAACCUGUGAACCGGGCAGAUACACGGCAGUCCCAGCUCAACCCCUGCAUCCCGCCAGCUCUUUCUCUCUCUCUGUUUGCAGACAGCAACGGCAUCCUGUGAUUUCUCUUGAUGCUCUGGACUUCCAUUGACUGAUCAAACUGUGCAAUCAGAUCUCAACUGAGCCCACAACCAAUUGACUUAUUAGAAAAUCUGUGCAAGUUUCUGUCUCCUGCAUUCAGUUUUUCUUGCUCUCUUCACCUCUCACACUUUCUAGCCAUGCUGAGAGGAGGAUUGUGGGAUAUGGUGAUUGCCAUGUUGUUAUGGGGCGUCUGGCUGCCCUCCUGUCUCAGCCAGACCACCUCACCCUCUCAGGAUGGAAAAAUAAAGUUUCGCCUGGCGGGAUACCCUCGCAAGCACAACGAAGGGAGAGUGGAAGUGUUUUACAACGGAGAGUGGGGCACUAUCUGUGAUGAUGACUUCACCUUGGCCAACGCUCAUGUUCUCUGUCGCCAUCUAGGGUUUGUGGAGGCACUAAGCUGGUCGCACAGUGCCAAGUAUGGACCAGGCACUGGUAAAAUCUGGCUGGAUAAUGUCAUGUGUGGAGGAUCGGAAAACAGCAUAGAGAAAUGUGUGUCCCGUGGCUGGGGGAACAGUGACUGCACGCACCAGGAGGACGCAGGGGUGGUUUGUAAAGAUGAGAGACUUCCAGGCUUUGCAGAUUCCAACAUCAUUGAGAUGCAGGUGAAUGAAAACCGAAUGGAGAACAUUCGUCUGCGUCCACUCUCUGGUGCCCAUGCUGGCCGUAUGCCAGUGACGGAGGGAGUGAUAGAGGUGAAGUUUAAGGAAGGAUGGGGUCACAUCUGCAACACUGGCUGGACCACCAAGAACUCUCGUGUGGUGUGUGGCAUGAUGGGAUUCCCUUCACAGAGAACUGUGGGGAAGAAGCCAAGCAGUUUCGUGCCCGGGCUGCUGUUCACACAGGGCAGAGCUCGCAGAGUCAAGCUGAAUCCAAUGUCUCAGGUGCGUCUGAAGGGCGGGGCAAAGACAGGUGAGGGUCGUGUGGAGGUCCUAAAGGGGAGUGAGUGGGGUACGGUGUGUGACGACCACUGGAACCUGCAGUCCGCCAGUGUGGUGUGUAGAGAGGUGGGCUUUGGCACUGCUAAAGAGGCUCUGACCGGAGCACGAAUGGGCCAAGGUAUGGGUCCCAUCUACAUGAAUGAAGUUCAGUGUCGUGGUGAUGAGAAGAGCCUGUGGGACUGUCCUCAUAAGAGCAUCACUGCUGAAGACUGCAAACACAUGGAGGACGCCUCCGUCAUCUGCAACAUCCCCUACAUGGGCUUUGAGAAAUCGAUCCGCCUGACAGGGGGUCGAACGCAGUUGGAAGGGAGGGUUGAGCUGCUGCUUUCUACAGGCAGUGGGGUGAGGGACUGGGGUUUGGUCUGCGGGGACGGAUGGACGUCUCGGGAGGCCAUGGUAGUGUGCAGACAGCUGGGGUUGGGACAUGCCAGCAGUGGCCUGAGAAUCUGUAUAGUGGGGGGCAGGACAGAUCAUGAGGGGCGCGUGGAGGUUCAGGUCAAGUCCAGGUGGGGAACUGUAUGCAGUGACAACUGGACCACAAGAGAAGCCAUGGUGGCGUGCAGACAGUUAGGCCUCAGAUACUGCCUGCAUGCUAUCACUGAAACUUGGUACUGGGACAGCAGUAAUGUGACGGAGAUGGUUCUGAGCGGAGUGAAGUGUAAAGGAAAUGAAAUGACUCUGACCGACUGUCAGCAUCAUUCUGUCGUCAGCUGCAAAAGAGCGGGAGCGCAGUUUUCUGCUGGCAUCAUUUGCUCAGACACGGCUUCGGACCUUGUGCUGAACGCUCCACUGGUGGAGCAGACGGUUUACAUCGAGGACCGACCCCUGCACUUGCUGUACUGCGCAGCAGAGGAGAACUGCCUGGCCAAAUCAGCUGCUCAAGCCAACUGGCCGUAUGGCCACCGCCGCCUGCUGCGCUUCUCCUCUGAGAUACACAACAUUGGCAAGGCUGACUUCCGGCCACGGCUCGGUCGCCACUCCUGGGUGUGGCAUGAAUGCCAUAGGCACUACCAUAGUAUGGAUAUCUUUACCUAUUAUGACCUGCUGUCUCUAAAUGGGACCAAAGUGGCAGACGGACAUAAAGCCAGCUUCUGCCUAGAGGACACAGAGUGCCAUGAAGGUGUUUUGAAACACUACGAGUGUGCCAACUUUGGUGAGCAGGGCAUCACAGUGGGCUGCUGGGACUUGUACAGACAUGAUAUUGACUGCCAGUGGAUUGACAUCACGGAUGUUAUACCAGGAAACUACAUUCUACAGGUCAUAAUAAACCCCAACUUUGAGGUAGCUGAGAGCGACUUCACCAACAACGCUAUGCGGUGCAACUGCAAAUACGAUGGCAACCGUGUCUGGUUGCAUAAAUGUCAUCUUGGUGAUUCAUUCAGCGAGGAGGCUGAGAAAGAGUUUGAACAUUAUCCGGGGCAGCUCAACAACAAGAUCUCUUAACAUAUUUGCGAAUGAACCCAGGGAACCCAGGAACUGCAAUAACCACAUGGCUCUGGACAAAGAGAAACUUUAAUCACUUAACAUUAGCCUACUAUUUAUUCUCUUUUGAAUCCAUUGCUACUGUGGUCCAAUCAGAUGUUGUCAUGCUGAGUUUACGUUUAGAUUAGGUCAUCAGAAAACAUCAUAUAGCCAAGGGCCUCAGAGACAGAACAGAGCUGUGAUUGUGGACUGGGCUUUUGUCCAUGCAAAUGCAAGUGGUUGGUUUAGAGGAAGACAGUGGCUAUACACUUCCUCUUGAACAAAUGCUGAACACCUCAGAGCAGAUGUUCACGUGAAACACCAGUUUCCUUUAAUGAAUUUUCAACAUGCAUCAGGGAAUUAUAAAAGAUGCUUUAUGUGUUUACAGACUGUGAUUGCUGAUGGAAUAGAAGGCUUCUUGUACCUCAUCACAGUAUGUGCAUUUAUGUGUAUGCCCAUGCAGGAUUUGUGUGUGCUGUGUAUGUUUCUGGAAUGUCCUAUAAUCAUGUUUGUAAAAUAUACAAAUCUGCACUUUUAAAAACCGUCUUGGU